AUGACUGAGGACACCGCCAGGCCUCCCAAACAAUACGAUUAUCUGCUCAAGUUUCUCUUAGUAGGCGACAGCGAUGUGGGAAAGCAAGAAAUCCUGUCCGAUCUGGACGAUGGAUCGUCGGAGAGUCCGUUCUGCGGACACAGCGGUAAGUCUUAUAAGACGACCACGAUUCUCUUGGACGGGAAAAGGGUGAGACUGCAGCUAUGGGACACGUCCGGCCAGGGGCGGUUUUGUACAAUAAUUCGCAGCUAUUCUCGAGGAGCGCAGGGCGUCCUUCUCGUGUACGACAUAACGAACCGAUGGUCGUUCGACGGGCUCGACCGUUGGUUGAAGGAGGUGGACGAGCACGCGCCCGGCGUUCCCAAAGUACUCGUCGGCAAUCGCCUCCAUCUGGCGUUCAAUCGCAAGGUGCUCCAACGCGACGCCGACGCCUACGCCAGCAAGCACGGCAUGGCCUUCUUCGAGGUGUCGCCUUUGUGCAAUUUCAACAUACACGAGAGCUUCUGCGAGCUGUCGCGGAUGGCCCUGCAUCGCAACGGAUUGGAAAGACUCUGGAGAUCCAACAAAGUACUGAGCCUGCAGGAGUUGUGCUGCAGAGCCAUAGUGGCCAGGACGAGCGUGUACUCAAUCGAGCAGCUACCGUUGCCGGUCGUGGUGAAGUCCCAUUUGAAGUCGUACGCUUUGACGUCGUCGUCGACGCAAUGGCGCUACGCCAACGGGACGGCGCGCAAGAAGAACGGCGGCGGUUCGAAUAGGAAGAAGCGCUUCACCAGCACGCCGACGACGCCGGGUUCGAUGGUCGACGAUCGGACGAGUUGCGUGCCGAGGAAUUCGUGCGCGAUUUCGUAG